CACACAGGUAUCCUUAAGUUAUUUGUUUUAAAAAAAAUUCAGACGUUUGAUACAAUUGCAGUCCACUACGAGUUAAACGUUUACAGGAAGUUUGUCCGAGCACGUAUAAAGGAGCUUCCUGUGUUGCUCUUAAAAGAAACACAUUUUGAAACAUUCAUGGCUUGACGCUACAAAAAGGUGCUAAAAGUGAAGAAACUGCAUCCCAAGAUGAACUACGUACCAGGCACGGCCAGCCUCAUUGACGACAUCGACAAAAAGCACCUCGUUCUGCUCAGAGAUGGCAGGACACUCAUUGGUUUCCUCAGAAGCAUCGAUCAAUUUGCCAAUUUAGUCUUUCACCAGACAGUCGAGCGCAUCCACGUGGGGAAGAAGUUUGGUGACAUUCCCAGAGGAAUAUUCAUCGUCAGGGGAGAAAACGUGGUUCUGCUUGGAGAAAUAGAUGUGGAUAAACCCUGCGACACGGUCCUGCAGCAGGUCUCCAUCGAAGAGAUUCUGGAGGAGCAGCGGUUACAGCAGCAAGCCAAACAAGAGACGGAGAAAGUCAAAAUGCAGGUCUUGAAAGACCGAGGCCUUUCCAUACCCAAAGCUGAUAAUUUGGACGAGUACUAACACGCCGCUUCCCUGAGGUUCCUCCUAAGUUUGUGUCGGACUGAUUUUUAUGUUAAAUUUGAGGGUGUCGUCUCUUUUGUCAUUACCAGAGCACAUCAUCUUAAAUUCUAUCUACUGUAGUAUUCUCUGUUUAUUUGAAUCAUAUGUUACGAGAGGAGAGAUGAUAGAAGCUGCUCUUGGUUUCACUAGUUCCUGGCACAGAAGUGCGGAAAAAAACUUUGUUUAUAAAAGUUUACUGUGUCGACAACAGGGCAAUCAUUUAACGGCAGCACUUUUGUAAUCUGUAAGUAAUUUUUAUUUGAAGAGAUAUGAGUGUGCUGUUGACGAACACUUUUCUCAAUUAAAAUUCUUUAAUUUGUCAUUAUGGAAAGCUGGCUUGGAAAAAUAGGUUAUUCCAACAUCAAACACUGCUUCUGUUUUUCUUUAAGUCUUUUAUUAUGAAAAUGUACAGCUUUUGAGCAGCAGGGGCGGAACAGACAAGGUCCUCAUGGUCCUGUGUGAUGGUGACUUCACAAGUGUGACAUUAACCCCAUGUUGCCUCUUGUAGUGGGACAGCAUAGGUAAGACUCCACACUUUAUUAUUCUAAAGCUCGUAUAUACCAACAAAUUAUAUUAAUAUGGGGAACUGAUCAGAAAGUCUCAUAUCCUGUUGUACAGAUGGCUGUGUUAUCCAGGUAAACUGAACCUGGCCUUUGUCAACAAGCUUAAUUGUUUGGAUGGUUAGACUGGCGAUAUAAAAGAGCCUCUGUGGAGGAAAUUUGCAAUGUAUGGACUCAAAUGGGUCAUGCUCCCCAACAUCAAGUUCGUAAAAACUCUUAGUGCUGCUCCCAUAUUGAUGAAGAACAUGGGUCAACUGGAUGCACAGAGAUUGCAUUUUUUGUAGAAAAGAUAACACUUGUUUUUGGCUCCAGAAACGCAUCGUGAUUAGUUGACAUUCAGUUGGCAGUGUUUUUUUAGUUUACAGUAGGCAAAGCAGAUCCUGCUCUGAAGCGUUAGACUGUAGGCAGGGUGUUCUUUAAAAUACUAAUGAAAGUGUGUGUGGUUUUUAAGGAGGCUCUGUGCCUUCUCCAAGCGCUCAGCCUGCUCCAGCUGGAUGGCUCCAGCAGUCCCAUCAGACUACCUGCUGCUCUCUAUCAACUCUGCAAAUUUAAUUCCAAAUAAAGCAUUUGGAUGCAUGUUUAUCAACACCUCAGAAUAUAAGACAAGCUAUUUGCCAGUCAAUUACAUGACACUAACAAAAACUAAUCAACCAAAGUUACAUUUUGAACAUCUACUUUUAUUUAUAGCAAAAUGGAUGUUGUUCCUCAAAGAUAUUUGACUAAUCAGAUCUUAUGGCUCAGUCUCUAGCUGUACCCUCUUUUCCAACUAUUGUAACUUCAUGGCAUCCAGGUCUGUUGAAAAUGUUUCUUUUUUUGUGUGUGUCGCUCUGAAUAUUCCAGACCUCUGGUGCUCAUAUCACCUCUCCAGAUGAGUGUUGCACCUUUCUUCUGCUAAUGCCAUAGUCUUGGUGUGUUGCAGCCACAAUCGCAAAAAUCUCUCCUGCAACAAAAAGCUGUUAAGA